AUGGCAUCUUUGCCUCCUCCACCCCCUCCUCCGGGAUGGGGCGCAGCUCCUCCCUCUAUGCCGCUGGCACCACCGCCCCCUGGCUACCAGCCGCCCGCCAACCCGAACGUCGCAAAAUUUGCGCAGAAGAAGCAUGAAUGGUUGCGCACGCAGCGCAGUCGCUUCGGCGAGAAGCGGAAGGGCGGAUUCGUUGAGACACAGAAGGCGGAUAUGCCGCCAGAGCAUCUGCGGAAGAUCGUGAAGGAUAUCGGCGAUGUCUCGCAAAGGAAAUUCACUAACGAGAAGCGCAGCUAUCUCGGUGCGUUGAAGUUUAUGCCUCAUGCGGUCCUGAAGCUUCUGGAGAACAUGCCGAUGCCCUGGGAGUCGGCCCGCGAAGUGAAAGUGCUGUACCACGUCAACGGAUGCUUGACCAUGGUGAAUGAGACUCCGCGCGUCAUCGAGCCGGUCUUCCAUGCCCAGUGGGCAACGAUGUGGAUGUGCAUGCGUCGCGAGAAGAGUGAUCGACGACACUUCAAGCGAAUGCGCUUCCCUCCAUUUGAUGAUGAAGAGCCGCCCCUUUCGUGGUCCGAAAACAUUGAGGAUGUCGAGCCUCUGGAGCCCAUCCAGAUGGAGCUUGACGAGGACGAAGAUGCGGCAGUCUACGAAUGGUUCUACGACCACAGGCCCCUGCUUGAUACACCCCACGUCAAUGGCCCGAGUUACAAGACAUGGAAUCUGUCGCUGCCACAGAUGGCGACACUGCACCGUUUGAGUCACCAGCUGCUCAGCGAUGUGGUAGACGAGAACUACCACCACAUGUUUGAUCUUAACAGCUUCUUCACAGCAAAGGCUCUCAAUGUCGCCAUCCCUGGUGGCCCUCGUUUCGAGCCCCUGUACAAGGACAUUGACCCGAACGACGAAGAUUUCAGCGAAUUCAACGCAAUCGACCGUAUCAUCUUCCGCGCCCCGAUUCGGACCGAAUACCGCGUCACCUUCCCCUUCUUGUAUAAUACCCUACCGCGCAGCGUUAAGGUCGCCUGGUAUUCUCACCCCCAGGUGGUUUACGUCCGCACCGAGGAUCCCAAUCUUCCCGCAUUCUACUUCGACCCAGUCAUUAAUCCUAUUUCCUCCCGUUCCGUCGCCCCCAAGAAUCUCACCGUUAGCCACGAGGAUGAGAUCUUUGGCCCUGGCAACAACGAAGAUGACUUUGAGCUUCCUGGAGAGGUUGAGCCAUUCUUCGAGGAUGAGGAGCUAUACACUGCGGAUACCUCGGCUGCUAUCGCUUUGUGGUGGGCCCCCCACCCAUUCAACAAGCGGUCCGGAAAGAUGGUUCGUGCUCAGGAUGUGCCGCUGGUUAAGCAGUGGUACUUGGAGCACUGCCCUCAAGGCCAGCCCGUGAAGGUUCGAGUGUCGUACCAGAAGCUGCUUAAGACCUAUGUGCUCAAUGAGUUGCACAAGAGCAAGCCAAAAGCUCAGAGCAAGCAGAACUUGUUGAAGACUUUGAAGACAACGAAGUUCUUCCAGCAGACUACUAUUGACUGGGUUGAGGCUGGUUUGCAAGUCUGCCGCCAGGGUUUCAACAUGCUGAAUUUGUUGAUCCACCGGAAGAACUUGACCUAUCUGCAUCUCGACUACAACUUCAACUUGAAGCCCGUGAAAACCCUGACUACCAAGGAGCGCAAGAAGUCUCGCUUCGGAAAUGCUUUCCACCUGAUGCGUGAAAUUCUCCGCCUGACUAAGUUGAUUGUGGAUGCUCAGGUCCAAUAUCGCUUGGGCAACAUCGAUGCCUUCCAGCUGGCUGAUGGUAUCCUGUAUGCCUUCAACCACGUUGGUCAGCUUACCGGUAUGUAUCGGUACAAGUACAAGUUGAUGCACCAGAUCCGUUCAUGCAAAGACUUGAAGCAUUUGAUCUACUACCGGUUCAACUCUGGCCCUGUUGGCAAGGGGCCUGGCUGCGGUUUCUGGGCUCCCGCCUGGCGAGUUUGGCUAUUCUUCAUGCGCGGUAUUAUUCCUCUGCUUGAGAGAUGGCUUGGAAACUUGCUCUCUCGUCAGUUCGAGGGCCGUCACAGCAAGGGCGUUGCCAAGACCGUCACCAAGCAACGUGUUGAAUCCCACUUCGAUCUGGAGCUGCGUGCUUCGGUGAUGGCGGAUCUCAUGGAUAUGAUGCCUGAGGGUAUCAAGCAGAACAAGGUCAAUAUUGUGCUGCAGCAUUUGUCCGAAGCCUGGAGAUGCUGGAAGAGUAACAUUCCUUGGAAGGUUCCUGGCUUGCCUGCGCCUAUUGAGAACAUCAUUCUCCGGUACGUGAAGAGCAAGGCUGACUGGUGGAUUUCUGUCGCCCAUUACAACCGCGAGAGAAUUCGCCGUGGUGCUACCGUCGACAAGACCGUGGCAAAGAAGAAUUUGGGUCGUCUCACUCGUCUCUGGCUCAAGUCGGAACAAGAACGGCAGCACAACUAUCUGAAGGAUGGUCCGUAUGUGUCGUCCGAGGAAGCCGUAGCCAUUUAUACCACUAUGGUCCAUUGGCUGGAGUCUCGCAAGUUUUCGCCAAUUCCAUUCCCGAGUGUUUCAUACAAGCACGACACUAAGAUCCUCAUCCUGGCCCUCGAGCGUCUUCGCGAGUCUUACUCUGUGAAGGGCCGUCUUAACCAGAGCCAGCGUGAGGAACUUGCCCUCAUUGAGCAGGCAUAUGAUUCUCCAGGAACAACACUGGCAAGAAUCAAGCGCUUCCUGCUGACCCAGCGUGCUUUCAAGGAAGUCGGCAUAGACAUGAACGACAACUACAACAACAUCAACCCUGUCUAUGACAUCGAGCCUAUCGAGAAGAUCACCGAUGCCUAUCUGGAUCAGUAUCUGUGGUACCAGGCCGAGCAGCGCCAUCUGUUCCCUGCUUGGAUUAAGCCCUCUGACUCCGAGGUGCCCCCGCUCCUGACUUACAAGUGGACCCAGGGUAUCAACAACCUGUCAAAUGUCUGGGAGACUGCCGAUGGUGAGACCAACGUCAUGAUUGAGACCGAGCUUUCCAAGGUCUACGAGAAGAUCGAUCUUACACUGUUGAACCGCAUGCUCCGCCUCAUCAUGGAUCACAACCUGGCGGACUACAUCACCUCGAAGAACAACGUCCAAUUAAGCUACAAGGAUAUGAACCACACCAACAGCUAUGGUCUGAUUCGUGGUCUGCAAUUCUCGGGCUUCGUGUUCCAGUACUAUGGCUUGAUGAUCGAUCUGUUGCUUCUCGGCUUGCAGCGAGCCAGUGAUAUGGCUGGCCCUCCUCAGAGUCCCAAUGACUUCUUGCAGUUCCGUGACAAGGCUACUGAAACCCGUCACCCCAUCCGUCUCUAUACUCGUUACGUCGACAAAAUCUGGGUUUUCUUCCGGUUCAAGGCCGACGAGUCUCGCGACCUGAUCCAGCGAUUCUUGACCGAAAACCCCGAUCCCAACUUUGAGAAUGUCAUUGGUUACAAGAACAAGAAGUGCUGGCCUCGCGAUUGUCGUAUGCGCUUGAUGCGCCACGAUGUCAACCUCGGCCGUGCCGUCUUUUGGGACAUGAAGAACCGUCUUCCUCGGUCUAUCACCACCAUUGACUGGGAUGAUACUUUCGCCAGUGUCUACAGCAAGGACAACCCCAACUUGCUGUUCUCCAUGAGCGGAUUCGAGGUUCGCAUUCUCCCCAAGAUUCGCAACCAGAACGAGGAGUUCUCGGUCAAGGACAGUGUAUGGUCUCUGGUCGACAGCUCCACCAAGGAGCGGACUGCCCAUGCCUUCCUGCAAGUCACCGAGGAGGACAUUCAGAAGUUCAACAAUCGUAUUCGGCAAAUUCUUAUGUCUUCCGGAUCGACCACCUUCACCAAGAUUGCCAACAAGUGGAACACCGCGCUGAUUGCCCUCUUCACGUACUACCGUGAGGCUGCUGUGUCGACCGUCAACCUUCUCGACACCAUUGUCAAGUGUGAGACGAAGAUCCAGACUCGUGUUAAGAUCGGCCUGAACUCGAAGAUGCCCUCGCGUUUCCCGCCGGCUGUAUUCUACACGCCCAAGGAGCUGGGAGGUCUGGGUAUGAUCUCCGGCUCUCACAUCCUCAUCCCCACCAGUGAUAAGCGCUGGUCCAAGCAGACCGACACUGGCAUUACUCACUUCCGCGCGGGAAUGUCACACGACGAGGAGACCCUCAUCCCCAACAUUUUCCGAUACAUCAUCCCCUGGGAAGCCGAGUUCAUUGAUUCACAGCGUGUAUGGAUGGAGUACUCCCAAAAGCGUAUGGAGGCGCAGCAGCAAAAUCGUCGUCUCACCCUCGAGGAUCUCGAGGACAGCUGGGACCGUGGUUUGCCCCGUAUCAACACCUUGUUCCAGAAGGACCGCAGCACCCUCAGCUUUGACAAGGGUUUCCGUCUUCGUGCUGAGUUCAAGCAGUACCAGUUGAUGAAGAGUAAUCCCUUCUGGUGGACUAGCCAGCGACACGAUGGUAAAUUGUGGAAUUUGAACGCCUACCGAACCGAUGUCAUUCAAGCUCUGGGUGGUGUGGAGACCAUUCUCGAGCACACCCUGUUCAAGGCAACGGCCUUUCCGUCUUGGGAGGGCCUGUUCUGGGAGCGAGCAUGUCUUGCAAAGGGCACGCGUCUGCUCCGCUACGACGGCUCGGAGGUCAACGUCGAGGACGUCAAGGAAGGCGAUGAGCUUCUGGGCCCCGACGGCCAGCCUCGCCGUGCGUUCAAUAUUGUGAGCGGCGAGGAUCGUCUGUAUCGCAUCAAGCUUGGUGCGUCGAAAGAAGACCUUGUCGUCACCCCUAAUCACAUCCUGGUGUUGCACCGCGAGAAGCGCGCAAGGAAUGUCUACGCUGGCCCCUCAAUCCACGCGCAUGCCGACCGCUUCAGCGAGCAGUUUAGGGAACUGCCCGUGCCAAGCUCUAGCCCUGCGGCGGCUGAUCGCCCUAACAACCUGGUCAAGCAACGCGACAACCUCCUCGACGCCCUCAAGAGCGCGAUUGCGUGGGCACUUCGCGCAGAGCGGAGUCCGGUUGGCGCAGCAGCCAUUCGCAACGUGCUGAAUGCUACUGUCGGCCUGAAUACCCACGAUGAAUGCUUCCAGGUCAUCGAGCCGUCCGAGCCAGGUGCCGCCAAGGUGAAGCAUGGGAAGAAGCCCUAUUUCACCUUUGCGUGGGGUAAUACGCAGCGCACCAACAUCAAGGGCCACGCAGCGCAUCCGCCCGUCUUUUUCCCCUCUAGGGAUGAAGCUUUCGCAGCCGCAGUUGCUAAGUCGCGAGAGCUUCGCGCUCGAUGCGACGUGACUCUGGCCAACCUAGGCGAGCGUUUCCGCGCCAAGCUCGCAGAGCGCGACGGAAAAGGCGGAGAGAUUCGAGUGGACGCCAAUCUGCCGAAUAUCUUCCUGCUGUGGAACAAGGGUGGCGCGACCCCGCGCAUUCGCGUGUAUUGCUCGCGUGACUACAAGAAGUAUGGCCGCCAAUACACCUUUGAUUCCAUGCCGGGAGAUGCGCAUGACCUUGGUGCGCAAGAUUCGCAGCUUGGUGCGUCCGACGCGUCGCUUCCCACGGGAUUGCCUGAGGUUAGCGCGGCGGAGCGAUUUGAUACCGUUGAGAUGACGGCCGAAGAAUUUGCCGCGCUUUCUCCCGAAGAGCGCAGCUGGUACCGUGUCUUCCGCUCCCCUGGCUUCGAGUAUCCUGAGCAUGAAGUCCCGGUGCACCCGUACUUCCUCGGUCUCUGGCUUGGUGAUGGAAACCGCCGAAGCACCACCAUCUAUAGCAACCACGAGCAAGCUGUCCGCGAAUUCCUCGUGCAGCAUGCCGCGGAGCUGGAUUUGUACCUUGUGCACCAUGGCGGGCUGAGUUACACAACAGUCGCACGGCACAAGGGCCGCAUUGGUGUCCCGCAAGAGGUUUCGUUCCCGGCCGCGCAAAAGGACGAAACAACCCGUCCGUUAAUCCGCCAAGCUCGCCAGACCAUCCGCAAGCAACGCAUGGAGGAAGCACUGCGUCAUACAAGUCCCUCUCCACCUCCUGCUCACGAAAAGCGUGGGCUGUCUUCAAGCGUUGAAUCCACCCCGCGCCACAAGCGCCAAGUUCUCUCGGAGAUACCAGAGACUCCACCAAUUUGGCCUGGUGCGCUUGGCGAGUCAGACGUGCCUCCCUCUACGCAGACCGCUGGCGCUGCCUCGAGUGCCCUUUGCUCCCUGCCUCCCGCGCUUGGCUCGCUGCUCUCCGCAAUUCGCCCGCCGGCUUGCGCACCUAGCGCGCAGCCCGCAACGCAGCCCACUCAUGCUGCAGAAUGCGGACCAAGCUUGUUCUCCCAUCCACCACAGAAGCCUGUAUCGCGCUCCGUUUCUGCGCUCUCCGCUCGUGCCGCCUCGGGAGCACCCAGCUCGUUGUCGCGUGCGCCAAGCUCACUGUCGCAGGAGGUCUUCGCCACCGACGCUGAUCCCGAUGAAAUCCCUGAAUCUACCUCCGAUCAGCGCGGUGCAGUCUACGAUGAUGACGCUUGGGACUUUGAGUUCCCAUCUGCGGCUGACGCAGACUGGACCGGGGCCGCCUCCAAGCUGGGUUCUGACCCUGAGAUCAUCGAGCUUGCUGAGAAGUCCGAACAGCGACUCGUCGAAGAGGAGGAUGAGGAAGAGAAGCUAGAUUUUGAUCUACUUCUUACAGACAGCGAGGAUGAGGAUGGUGAGGACAAGGUGCGCGAGGAUGCGGAGUUCGACGCUGCGGACAACGUCGAUCCCAGCAAGCUUGCGACUCGCCGGCGUAAUCACCGCCUUCAAACCGGCCAAAGCGCGUAUGGCGAUCUCUCGCACGAUGAGCAGCAAACUCUACUCCGCGAGGUAGUCACGCAAGCUGGCGGGGCGUCUUCCAACACCUUGAUGCGGGCACUGCGUAGCUUAGGGGUUGUCGCAUCAAGCACCACCACUGGCCCAGAACUUGAUACCAAGCAUAUUCCGCAAUGCUAUCUGAAGAACUCACGCGCUGUUCGCCUUGCGGUGCUUGCAGGUCUCAUCGAUAGCGAUGGCUGGUAUGUGUUCCCGGAGAAUAUGCUGGGCUUUGCGCAAAGCGCGAAGUGGCACAAGAAGCUUUUCUGGGAUGUGGUAGCGCUUGCUCGAUCGCUUGGCCUGAGCGUAUGGACCAAGCAGAUAGAAGCGUGGAAUCCUAAGCACACCAAGCGUACUCCGCAGCUUGUUGCGCAGAUUUUUGGAAAUGUUGCUGAAGUGCCUUGUCUCCUCGCACGGAAAAAGGGUUGCGAGCGGUAUAUCCCCCAGAUGCAUAGCUUUAUGAUCAAGGAUAUCAGCUUGGAACCCCAUGCGACGCAGUGGGCUGGGUUCCGAGUGGACAAAGAUCAGCUAUAUUUGCGCCACGAUUACCUUGUUCUGCACAAUUCCGGUUUCGAAGAAAGUAUGAAAUUCAAGAAGCUCACCAACGCCCAGAGAUCUGGUUUGAACCAGAUUCCUAACCGUCGAUUCACUUUGUGGUGGUCCCCCACCAUCAAUCGUGCGAACGUUUACGUUGGUUUCCAAGUUCAGCUUGACCUGACGGGUAUUUUCUUGCACGGCAAGAUCCCCACUCUCAAGAUCUCGCUGAUCCAGAUUUUCCGCGCCCAUUUGUGGCAGAAAAUCCACGAGUCUGUGGUCAUGGAUUUGUGUCAGGUGUUUGACCAGGAGCUAGAGCAGCUUGGCAUUGAAGCUGUGCAGAAGGAGACUAUUCAUCCUCGUAAGUCUUACAAGAUGAACAGUUCCUGUGCCGAUAUCCUGCUCUUCGCGACGAACAAGUGGAACGUUACCCGGCCUUCUUUGUGCUUCGACACCAAGGAUGUCUACGAGCCUACCACGACGAACAAGUUCUGGCUGGAUGUGCAGUUGCGAUACGGUGACUACGAUUCCCACGACAUUGAGCGUUAUGUUCGUGCCAAGUACCUCGAUUACACCACUGACAGCAUGAGUAUCUACCCUUCGGCUACUGGUUUGAUGAUUGGCAUUGAUCUUGCCUACAACCUGUACUCUGCUUAUGGCCAGUACUUCCCUGGUCUGAAGACUCUGAUCCAGCAGGCCAUGGCCAAGAUCAUGAAGGCCAACCCCGCCUUGUACGUUCUCCGUGAGCGUAUUCGCAAGGGUCUACAGCUGUACGCCUCAGAGAGCAACCAGGAGUUCCUCAACUCUCAGAACUACUCCGAGCUUUUCAGUCCGCAGAUCCAGCUGUUCAUUGAUGACACCAAUGUCUACCGUGUCACGAUCCACAAGACCUUCGAGGGUAACUUGACCACCAAGCCCAUCAACGGUGCAAUCUUCAUCUUCAACCCUCGCACUGGGCAGUUGUUCCUGAAGAUCAUCCACACCAGUGUGUGGGCUGGUCAGAAGCGUCUAGGUCAGCUCGCCAAGUGGAAGACAGCUGAAGAAGUUGCAGCGCUCAUCCGAUCUCUGCCUGUGGAAGAGCAGCCGAAACAACUCAUCGUCACUCGUAAGGGUCUUUUGGACCCUCUCGAAGUUCACUUGCUCGAUUUCCCGAACAUCUCUAUCCGUGCCUCUGAGCUUCAGCUGCCCUUCCAAGCUGCCAUGAAGGUCGAGAAGCUUGCUGAUAUGAUCCUUCGCGCCACUGAGCCCCAAAUGGUCCUCUUCAACCUCUACGAUGAGUGGUUGAAGUCCAUCUCCCCAUACACAGCUUUCUCUCGUCUGAUCUUGAUUCUCCGUGCCCUUCAUGUCAACAUUGACAAGGCCAAGAUCAUACUUCGUCCCGAGAAGAGUGUGAUUACCCAGGAGCAUCACAUUUGGCCCUCGCUCCCCGAUGAAGACUGGAUCAAGGUCGAAGUGCAGCUUCGUGAUCUGAUCUUGAACGACUAUGGCAAGAAAAACAAUGUCAACGUGCAGAGUUUGACUAGCAGUGAGGUUCGAGAUAUCAUCCUCGGUAUGGAGAUCAGUGCGCCCUCGCUCCAACGUCAGCAAGCUGCCGAGAUCGAGAAGCAGCAGGAGGAGGCCAAGCAGCUCACCGCCGUUACGACCAAGACCCAGAACGUGCGUGGUGAAGAUAUCAUUGUUACGACAACCUCGCAGUACGAGCAGCAGUCCUUCGCCUCAAAGACCGAGUGGCGCACUCGUGCCAUCGCAACCUCGAACUUGCGGACUAGGUCGAACAACAUCUAUGUCUCUUCAGACGAUAUCCGCGAUGCCGGCUACACCUACAUCAUGCCGAAGAACAUUCUCAAGCGGUUCAUCACCAUUGCCGAUCUUCGUGUCCAGGUCACCGGCUACAUCUACGGUAGCUCGCCACCAGACAAUGAUCAGGUCAAGGAGGUCCGCACUAUCGUCAUGGUUCCUCAGGUUGGCAAUACCCGGGAUGUCCAGCUGCCGCACCAGCUGCCUCAGCACGACUACCUGAACGGCUUGGAGCCGCUUGGCGUCAUUCACACCGUCUCGGGCAAUGAACCCCCGUACAUGUCGGCGGCAGAUGUGACCCAGCACGCGCGCCUGAUGAACUCGCACCCGUCGUGGGAUAAGAAGACCGUGACUAUGACUGUUUCCUUCACUCCCGGCUCUGUCUCGCUUGCCGCCUGGGGUCUCACCCCCGAUGGCUACAAGUGGGGUGCUGAGAACAAGGACAUGAGCUCGGACCAACCGCAGGGUUUCUCCACCAGCAUGGGUGAGAAGUGUCAGCUGCUGCUCAGUGACCGUAUCCGCGGCUACUUCCUUGUUCCCGAGGACAACCUGUGGAACUACAGCUUCAUGGGAAGCUCGUUCGGCGGAGUUGAGAAGCGACCUAUCUACGUGAAGAUCGAUACUCCGCUACGCUUCUACGAUGACCAGCACCGCCCCCUGCACUUCCAGAAUUUUGCCGAGUUGGAAGAUAUUUGGGUUGAUCGGACGGACAACUUUGAGUAA